AUGGUGAACAUUCCAUCUUUUUUAGGAAUUGUUGACGAUGAAAACGUGUUGAGUGAUGAGGAGAGCAUAAAUCUCUGGAGACAAGUGUUCAAGAAAGUAACGGUUGAAGAUAUCAAGAAGUUUGCUGCGCAGUACCAAGGAUCUGAGGAAGAGGAAAACGAUAUUGUCGCGGCCUACAACUCCUGGAAAGGUGAUAUGACAAUGAUUAUGAGCUCAAUCAUGUGUGCUACAUUUGAAGACGAACCACGAAUCAAGGCUUGUUUAUAUAAUGCGAUUAUUGAUAAAAAGAUCAGCGAAGGCAUCUUAAAAGUGACUGCAAAAUAUAAAUCUUCUACAGCUAAGACAAGCGUAAGUAAACGGAGGAAAAAUGCCGAGAAAGAAGCUGCCGAAGCAGAGCAAGCUCUCAAAGAAAUUAAAGCAAAGGAAGGAGAUAACAGUCUUCAGCAGCUCAUUCUUCGUAGACAAGCUGAUCGAGCUUCCAGUAUGGAUGACUACUUCGAUUCUCUGGCUACAAAGUACGGUGCAAAAACGAAACGGGCAAAGAAAUAA